GGUGGUAUUCGCGUGUGCGCUUGUGUCUAUACGCGUCCCUUCGAUCCGCGGCAUUCCCUUGUGACGAGCCAGUGGUUAUCGCACGAUCACGGGAAUAAACAGAUAACCGAAGGAUCCACCAAGGAUUAAUUCGAGAAGCUGGGUGUGACUCGCGAUGUGACAAAUCUCAGCCGACGACCUUGGCGGGACGAUGGAGCGCAAGAUGGCGGCGAGUUGAAUCCCGCAGCGGCAGCUCUGGAGACCUAACAAGGAUGGAACGCUGGUUCCCGCGGGGAGAAGGACUAGAGAAGGAUCGCGAGCAGUAAGAGGGUGGCAAUGGCUAGGUGGAAAUGGAUCCUGCCGAUCCUCGCGACCUUCUGGACCCUGAGCGACGCCUAUCUGGCGGUGCUGUCGUCGAGCACGCCGACCGGCACGUUGGUGUUCGAGGCCGGGGUGCCGCAGCUGGGCGGUCGCCGGAAGUACCAGGUCUCGAACGAGAGGACCGCCUGGUUCGCGAGGAAACUCCUCAAGGUCCACCCUCACACCGGCCGCGUGACCCUGGCCCGUCCGCUGAGCUGCGACGGCUUGCAGUAUCCGCGGCUGUUCACUUUGUACGUAGACUCGACCAGCUCCAGGCUCGGCAGGCCGGCGAUCGACUAUUUCAGCUUGCCUCUGAGGAUCCUCAUUACUGGAUGCGGAGGAGAGAACCGGGAUCUGUCGGCGACCAGGGGAUGGAUGGCGGAGACGCUGGCUUCGUACGCUAUGCCCAGCGUCGAGAGGUUCACCGAGGUCUGCCUCCGCGCGUCGCAGCUGGUCGCCGCGUUGCGUGACUUCCUCCCGCAGACGGCCUUGAAGGAGUGCGAGAUCAGAUGGGGCGGAGUCGCGGACCCCAGGUUCCUGAUCGAGGGCGCGGCGGGGGACUUGGUCUCGGCGACGGAGCAAUGUUUGGUGGAUCCCCUAUGGAAGAUCUCGGUCUCGAUGAACCUGAGGUGUGGCAUGGAGUCGCGGCUCACGGACGCCGAGCACCGUUUGAAGAUCGUGUUCCAUCACCGGCAGUUGGACGACACGGACCUGGGCAGGCGAGUCAGGCGAGAGCUGACGAACCAGUCGCCUUACUUCGAGCAGCACUUGUACACGGGGGCCAUCGAGGAGGAAAAGGAGCCUGGCGUCUACGUGACGUCUGUCCGCGCCAGGGACCCCGAGGGCGGAGCAGUUCGCUACUCGAUGAGCUCCUUGCUGGAUGCUCGGUCGCAGUCCCUGCUGUUCCUGGACCCGGUCACCGGUAGAGUGACCACGCGGGCCAGGCUGGACAGAGAGAGCGUGGACGUGCACUACUUCCGAGUGCUCGCCGUGGACGACACUUUCCCCCCUAGGACAGGCACCACCACCCUGCAAGUGAACGUGCUGGACGCGAACGAUCACGCGCCCAGCUUCGAGUGGCGGGAGUACGACGCGUCCGUCAGAGAAGGUGUGCCGGUCGGCUCCACCGUGGUCACCGUGAAAGCCACGGACCAAGACGCCGGCAGGAACGCCGAAGUCGAGUACUCCAUUCUGUCCAUCAGCAGCGGGAAUGGCGUUGCCAACGGCGACGACGCUUUAACCUUUCGAAUAGACCCCAGGUCGGGAGUGGUGACCACGCGCACACCCCUGGACAGAGAGAAGAUGGAGGUGUACACGGUGAUCCUCAGCGUGUCGGAUCAGGCGACGCCGCCGUCCGCGAGGAAAACGACGAACGCGACUUUAGUGGUGCGGGUUCUCGACGAUAACGACAACUAUCCUCAGUUCACCGAGCGCACGUACUCCGUUUGGAUCCCCGAGGACCUGGACUACACGGCGAACCCCGUGAUAGCUAGGAUCAGGGCGACCGACGCUGACGCCGGGAACAACGCGGCUGUUCGGUACGCUAUCAUCGGUGGGAAUACGCAGAACACGUUCUCGAUCGACUCGAUGAGCGGCGACGUGGCUCUGGUGAAACCUUUGGACUACGAGUCCACCAGGAGCUACAAGAUCGUGAUUCGGGCGCAGGACGGCGGUUCGCCGGCCAGGUCCAACACCACGCAGCUACUGGUGCACGUGAAAGACGUUAACGACAACGCGCCUAGGUUUUACACCAGCCACUUCCAAGAGUCCGUGUCCGAGAACGUGCCUGUCGGCUACUCGAUGCUCAGGAUACAGGCGUACGACGCGGACGAGGGCGCUAACGCGCAGAUCAAGUAUACCAUCGGGGCUAGAGACUUUUCUGGGGCUUCUACGGAGAACUUCCCGAUCACCGUCAACACUGACAGCGGCUGGAUCUAUACGACGAAGCAGCUGGAUCGCGAACAAUGCUCCAGGUACCAGUUCACGAUCGUAGCAGCGGAUUCCGGGGAAGUGCCGAAAACGGCGACCGCCAGCGUGAUAAUCACGGUGACCGACGUGAACGACAACGAUCCCUACUUCGACUCGAAGAAUUACGAAGCAGUCGUCUCGGAAGACGACCCUCCGGGUACUCCAGUCACUUCGGUGACGGCGACCGACCCCGAUGAAGACGCCAGGAUCCAUUACGAGAUCACCGCGGGCAAUACUAGGGGGCGUUUCUCGAUCGCGUCUCAGAACGGCCGUGGCCUGAUCACCGUGGCCCAACCGCUCGAUUAUAAGCAGGAGAAGAGAUUCGUGUUGACUGUGACCGCCUCCGACAGUGGCGGCAGGACAGACACAGCUUUGGUUUACGUGAACAUCUCGGACGCGAACAAUUUCUCGCCGGUCUUCGAAAACGCGCCCUACUCUGUCUCCGUUUUCGAGGAUGCUCCGAUAGGCACCACGGUUCUGGUGGUCAGCGCCACUGACUCCGACGUCGGGAAGAACGCUCAGGUUACUUACAGCUUGGACACGGACAGCGGCGAUCAGGGCGCUUCGGAGUUCACCAUCAACCCCCAAACGGGAGCCAUAACCACCACCCGUCCGCUCGAUCGCGAACUCGUCCCCGCAUAUUUGCUGACCGUCACAGCGAGGGACGGCGGCGUGCCGCCCCUCUCGGACACCACCGACGUCGAGAUAUCAGUCACCGACGUGAACGACAACGCUCCUGUCUUUGAGGCGCCACAAUAUCAAGGGUCCGUCCCGGAAGACGUUCUGGUCGGCACCAGUGUGCUUAGGGUUUCUGCCACCGAUGCAGAUACGGAUCUCAAUGGAAGGGUCCGAUACGCGUUGGAGGACGAUGGCGACGAAGCGUUCGCGGUGGAUUCGACCACCGGUGUAGUGAGGACAGCGAAACCGUUGGACAGAGAGUCCGUCGCGAGGUACACUCUGAAAGCAGUGGCCAUGGACCGUGGUUCGCCGUCUCUAUCUUCCGUGGUACCGGUGGUGAUAAAGAUCGAGGACGUGAACGAUUCACCGCCAGCUUUCGAGAACGACAAGAUAGUUCUUUACAUAGCGGAGAAUUCUCCGAUUGGAUCGACCGUCGGUGAAAUCUACGCUCAUGACCCAGACGAGGGACCCAACGCCGUGGUACAGUACUCCGUUAUCGGUGGGGAGGACUCGAACAGUUUCGCUCUGAAUAUCAGGCCAGGUGCUGAUCGCGCAGAACUGAUCACCCUCAAGGAAUUAGACUACGAGUCGCACGAGAAGAAGUUCGAGCUUGUAAUACGCGCAGCGUCGCCUCCGUUGAGGUCGGACGCGCUAGUGCAGAUCCUUGUCACCGAUGUGAACGACAACGCACCGGUAUUGAAAGACUUCCAGAUCAUCUUCAACAACUUCAAGGACUUUUUCCCCACCAUUCCGAUCGGUAAAAUACCAGCCGUGGACGCGGACGUGACCGACAAGCUGACCUACACGAUUCUAGCCGGCAACAACGCGAACCUAAUCGACUUGAACCGCACUACAGGCGAGAUCCGAUUAUCCCCGCAGCUGAACACGAACGUACCCCGCGUAGCCACCAUGGAGGUGUCCGUCACGGAUGGGAUCAACGAGGUCAAGGCUACCAUGACUCUCUCCGUGCGGUUGAUCACCGACAAAAUGCUCCUGAACUCCAUCACCGUGAGAUUGGACGACAUGACCGCCGAAGCUUUCCUCAGCCCCCUGUUAGGCUAUUUUCUGGACGGUUUAGCCGCGAUCAUACCCUGUCCCAGGGAGAAUAUAUUCCUGUUCAGCGUGCAGGAGGACGCGAACGUUCAUGGGAAGAUCCUGAACGUGAGCUUCUCCGCGCGGAGGGUCGAGCCAGGCGUGACGGACGAGUUUUACAGUCCGCAGUUCCUCCAGGAGCGGGUCUACUUGAACAGGGGUAUACUGGCGAGGUUGGCUACGGUGACGGUGUUGCCUUUCGACGACAAUCUCUGCGUCAGAGAGCCCUGCUUGAAUUUCGAGGAGUGCCUGACGGUGCUGAAGUUCGGCAACGCUUCAGGGUUCGCCAGCAGCGACACCGUACUCUUCAGACCGAUAUAUCCGGUGACGACGUUCGCGUGUCGCUGCGCGGCGGGCUUCACCGGAAGCAAAGAGUCCUACCUAUGCGACACGGAAGUGAAUCUGUGCUACUCGAAUCCCUGCCUGAACGGCGGCACCUGUUACCGGAAGGAAGGAGGCUACGCUUGUUCCUGCAGCUCCGAGUACGCGGGAGAGAACUGCGAAAUCUCGUUCGAGGAAGACUCGUGCGCGCCCGGGAUUUGCAAGGGCGGUUCGCAAUGCAUCAUCAAAACUACCGGCGGGUUCACUUGCGAGGGCUGCCCGGUGACAACUUUAGAGAGCGUGACGCCGCUCUGCGAGCUGAAGGCGCGCAGCUUCGGCCCGGCGACGUUCCUCACCUUCGCCUCUCUCAAGCAAAGACACAGGCUGCACAUCAGACUGAGGUUCGCUACCGAGGCAGCGAACGGGCUUCUGCUCUACAAUGGUCGUUACAACGAGAGACACGACUUCAUAGCUUUAGAGAUCGUGGACUCGCAGAUACAAUUCAGCUUUUCCCUGGGCGACGAGAUCACCAGAGCCGGCGCGAGCAUACCAGGCGGAAUUUCCGACGGCCAGUGGCACGAGGUGGAAGUCUCCUACAUAAACAAGAGCGUCACCGUUUCUCUGGACAAUUGCGACGUAGCUCUAGCGCUGGAAUACGGCGACCGACUAGGUUCGAAAUGGUCCUGCGCCGGCAGGAGCGAGCAGGUGCUCGAGGAUCGGUGCAGUAUCGUCACCGAAACCUGUCAUAGGUUCUUGGACCUUACGGGACCCCUGCAACUCGGCGGUUUGCCCGCCAUACCCUCUAGUUUCCAGAUCAGGAACAAAGACUUCGUCGGUUGCAUCAGCGACCUGUUCAUCGACCAUACGUUCAUAGAUUUGAAUUCGUUCGUGGCGGACAACGGCACCAACCCCGGCUGCCCGGAGAAAGCCACGUUCUGUGCAUCGACGCCUUGCAAGAACAACGGCAAGUGCAAGGAGAUCUGGUCGGGAUUCAUCUGCGAAUGCGAGGAGAAUUUCGCGGGACCUACCUGCGCCGACGAGGUCGGCAAGCCUUGGAGUUUCCACGGGGAUGGCAUGCUGAGCUUUAACCCUCUGCUGAGGCCCAUACAGCUCCCCUGGUUAACGGCGCUCAGCCUGAGGACCAGGGCGAAGCAGGCGUUCGUGAUGAACGUGCAGAUCGGGCAGAACAGCUCCGCGCUCUUCGAGAUUCGCGACGAGAAGCUGGUCGCCCUGCUGGACGGCGCGGACAUCAUUCAGACGUGGAACAGCGUGGCGGACGGGGAAUGGCAUCGGAUAGACAUCGUGUGGCAGAGCGGCCAGGUGUCCCUCGACAUCGACUACAGGAACAGACCCAUGUCGUCCGCGUUGCCGGCCAAGCUGCAAGGGCUCUACGUGGGCAGGAUCUUGGUAGGCGGACCGGAGCAGGCCAUGAACAGCGAGCUGCCGUUCUUCGACGGUUGUCUUCAGGACAUUCGCAUCGGUACCAAUCAGAGCGUGCUCCAGCGACCAACCGUGCAGGAGAACGUCGCGACCGGUUGCAGCUCCGAGGACGAGUGCAACGUCGACUGCCCGGAGGCAUCGAUCUGCGAGGCGAAGUGGCAGGCCAGCGAAUGCGUUUGCGCGGCCGGCCGUGUCGGUCGCGACUGCGAGCGUGUGUGCGACCUCAAUCCUUGCAACAACACCGGCGCGUGCAUCGAGGACCAUACCACUCGCAGAGGGUACAAGUGCGAGUGCAGCUCCCCCGAGUACUCCGGAGAGUAUUGCGAAGUUAAGGCCGAUCAACCCUGCCCUGCCACCUGGUGGGGAUCGCCGGUUUGCGGACCUUGUCGCUGCGACGAGUCCAAAGGCUAUGACCCGGCGUGUAAUAAGACUACCGGCGAAUGUUACUGCAAGGAGAACCAUUAUCAGCCGUCGGGCAAGAAGGAAUGCAUUCCCUGCGAGUGCUACGCCACUGGGAGCUUCGGUCCUCGCUGUGACACGGAGACAGGACAAUGCAGGUGUCGGAUUGGAGUGAUUGGACGAUCGUGUACCGCUUGUCCCAAUCCGUACGCCGAAGUUACUCUUCGAGGUUGCGAGGUGGUCUACGAUGGCUGCCCUAGAUCCUACGCGGAGGGUCUCUGGUGGCCUAGGACCAAGUUCGGAAUGACUGCCGUGGAGGACUGUCCCGACACUGCCGAGGGAAAGACUUCUAGGUCCUGCGACGACGCAUUAGGCGGCUGGCAGGAGCCUGAUCUUUUCAACUGCACUUCUGAAGCUUUCAUCGAGCAGAGGCAUCAGUUAGCCGCGCUAGAGGCUAAGGAUCUAACGCUUAACACAUACGUGGCUGUCAAGGUUGCGAAGGACGUGCACAGGGCGGUGAACGUAACCAAGCAUAUGUACGGCGCGGAUCUGCUGAUCGCUGAGUCUUUGCUCGUCGCGUUGUUGAGAUACGAGGAAAGUCUGGUCGGACUGAACUUGACUCACAGUCAGGAUAAGGAUUACGUGUCUCAUCUAAUCGGAAUUGCCAGUGGCGUUUUGAUGUCCAAGUACUUGGACAAAUGGGAGAGAAUCGAGGUCCUCAGUGGCGACACUCCUGACAAGGUUCUGGAAGCAAUGGCGAACUACUUGAAGACUCUGACCGCUUCUCAGCACGACACUUUCACUAACCCUUUCGAGGUCGUCGACUCUAACGUGGUGUUGGGCUUGGACGUGGUGACUUCAGAGAGCUUGUUCGGUUACGAAACAGCAGAGUACAAAGAGGAUCCGUCGGCUUCUACUAUUAGACCGACAGAGGCGGACCAAAAAGUCGUAAUCCCGGACACUUCCGCGUUUCUGUCCACGCCCGCUCAUUUCGGCCCGUCGAUUACUUUCCCAAAGUACAAUAAUUACAUGGCGGAUCCGGGUAGAUUCGAUCCGCAUUCCAAGAUACGAGUGCCCUUAAGCGUGCUGGGAAUCAAGUCGUUAGCGCAAGGAGAACUGAAUGUCAAGAAAAGUUUAGUCAAUCGGAAGGCUGUGUUCAGUUACGUGCAAUAUAAACAAUUGGGAGCCCUUCUGCCCCAGAGAUUCGACGAUUCGGUGUCUGUGAGGUGGGGAGUCGAAGUGGCUGUCGGUUCACCGGUUAUAACGGUAUCCGUAUUAGUUCCCACUGAAGAUGGCUAUGAAUCCUUGACCGGUAUACCUCUGCAGACUCCUGUCCAAAUAAGUUUAUGGCUUAGCGAGAAAGACGAUCUUAAGACCAGAACUAAUCCACAGUGUGUGCAUUGGAGCACGGCUAGGGGGUACGGCGAAUGGAGUCGAAUGGGCUGUACCACGGAGGUCGAAGACGAUUCCCUGUCCUUCGGCACGGUAGUGAACUGCUCCUGUUUACAGCUGUCCACGUUCGCGAUAUUAACCGACGUCCUCGACCUGGAAUACGUCCCUGAACCGUCUUUGUUAGAGGACGUAACCAGUUACAGCGCGUUCAUGCUCGCAUUGCCUUUAUUGUUAUCCGCCUUGCUGAUUCUCUCUUUGAUAAGAGGCGGCGGGACCAAUUCGAACAGCAUUCACAAAAAUCUGGUGAUGUGCGUCUUCUUCGCCGAAGUACUCUACCUGAUCGCGCUCAAAGCCAGAAGUUCUCUAGUCUCGAACGAGUUCCCAUGCAAAUUGACGGCAAUUGGUUUACACUACGCCUGGCUGAGCACGUUCUCGUGGACCCUGGUCGACUCGAUUCAUCUGUACCGAAUGCUCACCGAGAUGAGAGACGUGAAUCAUGGCCAGAUGAGGUUUUAUUACACAAUGGGUUACGGUGCUCCCGCCAUCAUCGUCGGACUAACGAUUGGCGUUAGAGCUGACCAAUACGGGAACUUCUAUUUCUGUUGGUUGUCCAUUUACGAAACAGUAAUUUGGUCCCUGAUCGGGCCCGUUUGUUUAGCAGUGUUCGUCAACUUUUGUAUUCUCAUCAUGUCCAUAAGGGCAGCUUUCACGUUGAAGGAACACAUCAUGGGCUUUGGAAACUUGAGGACGCUACUCUGGCUGUCCGUGGCCUCGUUGCCUUUGCUCGGCUCGACUUGGACCCUGACGGUGCUGAACGCGUCCGAGAACUCGCCGACUUUAUCUUACUUACUCAGCAUAGCCGUAGUGGUUCACGCGGCGUUCAGUUUGAUCGGUUACUGCUUCAUCAACGGCAGAGUACGAAGGAAUUUGUACCUGAGCCUGUUGAGGUGCAUCGGGAAGAAGACGCCUCUGCUGGAAGGUAGCGUGGCAAACGGUAGCAGCAGUCAAAACGUGAACGGUCACUCGCGGUCCGCACUGGCGUAUGCGUCGACGUACAGCGGAGCAGAGUCGGUGUGCAGAAGGGUUCACGUGGGAGUUUCAACGAGUAGUACAACUUCGCGAAGUACAAAUAAGACUGGGUCCAGUCCCUAUCGUAGCGACACUCAUUUAAGGCACACGUCAACGUCCACGAGUAAUUAUAAUAGCGACAGAGAUCCGUAUAUGUCGUCCAGGAGUCAUCGGUCAGCAUUGCACUCCAGACAAGAGCCGCCAGAAACACGAAAUCAGCGGCGAGACUCUGAAUCAGACUCAGACGGGUCUCAGGCGGAAGGUGGCGGAAGGAGCUUGGAUCUCGCGAGCUCUCACAGCUCCGACGAGGAGGACGUGACGUCGAGGUCCCACAGAAACAUGGGAGUAUCGACGCAGCAACCUGUCGCGCACAGUUACUUGCCCAAUAUCCACGCCAACCCCGCCGAACACUUGAACAUACUUUGCUCAAACACGGAACUCUUCCCGAACAUUAAGCCCAUCUAUGCGCCUAGGUGGAGUUCCCAGUUGCCAGAGGCAUACUUGUCGUCAAACGUAAUUGACGUACGCGGAAGUCAGUGGUCAGGGGGCACCAUAUCGGACAACGAGAUGGCCUCGAAUAAAACGUCCAGCCCGAAUCCGCUGCCUUACCCUGAGAUCAAUUCGCCGCAAAAGAGUCAGCCGGAUGAAAAUUAUUCCGAGGGGGAGGAAAAGCUUCACCAUCUCGGCGAGAAAUAUUUGUUCCCUUACACGGCGGAGGAAGACCACACGGUGUCUCCCACGCCGUACAUGCUGCCGAUCGCUUCUCGGAUUCUCGCGUCCAGUAUGAGCCAUCACUCGCAGAACUCGACUCACGAGAACCUCAGCGGCUCGGAGAGAUACGGCAGCCUGAAACGAGGCCAGAGCUUGCACGGGUCUCAGCACGACAAUCUCAGCGGUUCGGAGAGAUACGGUAGCCUGAAGCGAGGGAAGAUCACCCCGACGGUGCUGGAGGACGCGCCAGAGUACAUUUUACCAAUGAGCGGUAGGAUAUUGUCCAGCUCGUUGACCCACGAUCUACAGCACAGCAACGAACUGGCUGCGCUCAGACAGCAGCAGCAGCAACAGCAGCAAUACGAGCAAACAAUCACAGAGACCGAGAAGGAUACUAAUGCGGAAACGUCGGUGUGACGAGGCUCCGUGCUACAAACAAAUACCGUACAAAGUAAUAUAACGUACUAUUAGCUUAAAAUUGAAAUGAUUAUAUAUAUAUAAAUAUAUAUAUAUAAUUCUUGGAGUCGCUAAUUCUCCAAGGUAUAUUUUAAGAGCGGCCAUGACUGUACUUACGAAAUUAGCCAUAUCGAUUAGUAUGUAUGUGUGAGUGCCUGUUCGUAUCUAUAUACAUACGCUUGUCGAUAUUUCGUUUCGUGUGAUUACAACCUCCAUAUUCGGAGGCGACUCUUCCGCGAUAGCUUGGAAGACCACUGAUGAUCUCUAGUUCAUUUCAUUACUCGUGUAAUUAACAUCGCUCUCUUUCUCUCUUUAUCUGUCCCUCUAUUUCUCUAGUAUCAUAGUUUUCUUAACUCAGUAUUGUGCAAUGUUUACACUCCACUUCCAUUUUACAUUUAGACUCUAUUA